AUGAAUUAUAUAGAAAGGAAUAAAAUAGAAACGAUUUAUACGGAUGAUUAUACAGAUUUUACACGACUUAGUGAUUUUGAAAUAUUUACUAAAGAUAUUUUAGUAAGUUUAAAGAAAUUAAAUAUAUUAGAAACUAAAAGAAAAUAUGAAGAAAAAUAUGCUUUUAUAAAUAAUGAGAAAAGAGAAAAACCGUUAGCUCCUUUAUCAUUAAUAAUAACGGUAGAUGACACAUGUAACUUUUUAAAAAAAAGUAUUAAGAAAGAAUAUGGUGUAAAAUUAAAUUAUGUAUAUUACCCAUAUAAUAAAUGUCAAAAAAUUAUACCCUUUGAUAACAAUAAUAACAAUAAUAUCAACAACAACAAUAAUAAUAAUAAUAAUAAUAACAAUAAUAGUAACAGUAGUAACAAUAUUCAUAAUUGUAAUAAUAGUAAUAAUAAUAAUGAUGCAGGUUCUUCAUUUUAUAAUAAAAAUGUUAGUAUUGUUAAUUCAUUUUAUUGUUUACAUGGAAACCUGAACUGUUCAGAAAUAACCUUGUUCCCAGCCCGUACCUUUCCAAUACAGCGAUUUUUUUUCGUUAAUGAAUAUGUAGAACUUGAAAUCACAGAUAAAAUUAAUGGAGAAGAAGAACAGUGCAUAAAUAUUGAUCAGUUUUCAAUCAGUAAUUUAAUUUUAAACAGUUUAAAAUUAGCUUUAAGCGAGUUAGAUAUUUCUUUACCGACAUUUGUUAUAAUUGAUAAGAAUGCACAUGUAUAUCAAGGCCAUUUUUAUACUAGUGAUUAUACUUAUUAUAAGUGCAUAAAUCCUUUUAAACCUAAUCAUAAAUAUAGUAUAAUGAGUGAUGAUUAUAAAGAAGUUAAUAAAAGUCUUCAGAAUUUUACUUGUAAUAAUAAUUAUGAAAAAGAAAAUAAUUAUAUAUCUAUUUAUAAAGGUGUUGGUUUUGAAGUAAAUUAUCAUUCUUUUAAAUAUUAUAAUUAUUUUAAAUCAUUUACGUUCGACCAUUUAGUAGCAUUAUUUUGUUUAUUUUUACAUUUAUCUAAUAUAAAAGGUAGAAAUAUAUAUAAUAUUAAUGUUCAUUUGAAGAAUAUAUAUUUAAUUGAUAAACCGCAUGUUUGUUAUAAUAAUUGGAAAGGUUUUAAUAUAAAAAAUAAAAACUAUUAUUUAUUAAAGAAUAAAGUAAUUGGAAAAGAAAAGAAUAAAUGUAAUCAUCAUAAAAAUAAUAAUCAUAAAAUGAAAAAGAAAACAAAUAUUUUUAAAAAAUAUUAUUUGUUUCAUAAUAAAAAGAAUAAUCAAGAAGCAUCUAUUUAUUUUUUAAAUCAUAUAUAUAAUUUUAUUAAAAAAAACAAAUAUUAUGGGAAGAAGGUAUAUCUGUGUUAUUAUACUAAUAGUGUGAAAGAUAAUUAUGAUAUGAUGAUAAAUUCGAUAGAAAAAAAAGAAUAUAAUGAAUAUGAACAGAAAAGAAGAGCAGAUGAAGCCAAAGAAAAAGGAAAUAACGCAAGUCAAAAUAAAAAAGAAAUAAUACAUAAUGAAAAGGAAAUAAUUAGAGAAGAAAUAGGUACUGUUACUCAUUAUUUAUAUAAUGUAAAAAAUAAUUUUUGUAAACCUACAUAUGAUAAAAAUGAACGUAGAAAAAUUAUAUUAACAAAUAUUUUAUCAGAUGAUGAAGAAGAUAAUAUGUCUGAUAAUAUUUUUUAUUAUUCUUCACCAUAUAAUAAUUAUCCUUUAUCAAAUAAUGAACAUAUAAAAAUGAAAAAGAAAAGAACAACAUAUGAAGAUAUUAACAGAUUAUAUAAUAAUUUAAGAAGUCAUAAAAAUAUACCAAAAAAUGAAAGUAAUUUAUUUUUGUCUAUAUAUGUAUUAAAUUUUAUUAGUAAUAUGCAACACAAAAUUUUAGAUACUAAUGAAAGUGAAAAAAAAAAUAUAAUGAAUACGUGGAAAAUCAGAUUUAUAAAUAAUGAUAAAUAUAAAGGAAGAAAUAGUUAUUUGUUAAAAAAUAUUUUAAAAUUAUAUCAUAACGAAUUAGUGGAUUUAAAAAAAAAAAUUAGUGACAAAUAUAGUAACGAUUAUAAUAGUGACCAACAACAUAAUGAACAAAACAAUGAACAGAAUAAUGAAAGAUAUAGUGAAAAACAUAACGAACAAAAUAACGAACAAAAUAAUGAGCAAAAUAACGAACAAAAUAACGAACAAAAUAACGAACAAAAUAACGAGCAAAAUAACGAACAAAAUAACGAACAAAAUAAUGAACAAAAUAAUAAUAACAAUGGUGAUAAUAACUAUGAUAACAUUUAUGAUAAUGAUAUGUCUUUUCAGAAUUAUUUAGUUCAAAAUAUAUGUAUGAAAAAUUCCGAAUGGUUAAGAGAUAGUAAUAUAUCAUCUUUUAGCUGUUUCAAUAUAGAAGAUGAUUCAACAAGAUAUUAUAUUGAUAAAAUUUUGAAUAAUAUGUUUAGUAAUAAUAAAAAAAAUAUAUAUGAAUGGAAUGAUAAUAACAAUAACAACAAUAAUAAUAAUUAUUAUUAUAAUCAUAAUAAUAAACCGUGGAAAAAUAGUAAGUGGAGUAAGGGUAAAUUUGUUUAUGACGAUGAAAUAAAUAAUAUAUUGAAUAAUUCAUAUUUAAAAAAAAAUAAUUAUCAUGAAUCUUUUUAUACUCAUGAAAUUUUAGCACAUAAUAAUAUAGGAAUUAAUGAUGUUAGUAAUGUACAUAAAACUAUAUUUGAUGCAUCACAUAAAUAUGAUAAUGUAUAUUCUAUAUCACAGAAUAAUAAUGCAUAUAGUGGUGGAUAUAAUAAUGCAUAUAAUAGUGGAUAUAAUAAUGCAUAUAAUAAUGCAUAUAAUAAUGCAUAUAAUAAUGUUUACAAAAAUAGUGGAUGUUCUACUGUCAUCACAAAUAAUAAUAAUAAUAUAUAUAAUGUUAAUAAUAACGUUUAUAAUAAUAAUAAUAUUUAUAAUAAUAAUAAUAAUAUUUAUAAUAAUAGUAAUAUUUAUAAUAAUAGUAAUAUUUAUAAUAAUAGUAAUAUUUAUAAUAAUAGCAAUAUUUAUAAUAAUAGUAAUAUUUAUAAUAACAAUAUUUAUAAUAACAAUAUUUAUAAUAACAAUAUUUGUAAUAACAAUAUUUAUAAUAACAAUAUUUAUAAUAACAAUAUUUAUAAUAACAAUAUUUAUAAUAGUAAUAAUAAUAGUAGUAUUUAUAACAAUACUCAUAACAAUGAUAUAUAUAGUAUGUAUGAUGGUUUUUAUUUUUUCUUAAGUAAUAAUAAGAGCCCUCAUUUUUUAAAAAAAAAUUUAUUAUACAGGAAACCAAGGAACAAGAAAGAAUAUUUAGAUUUAAAAAAAAAAUGUUGGAAAAAAAAAAAGGCAGAAGAAAAAUUGCAACAAAUUAUAAAAGAUUUUCUAAUGAUCAAAGAGAAAUAUUUUUUAUGUCAUAAGGAAGAAAAAAUUGUUAUAUUAUUUUUUUAUUUAAUAAGUCAUUCAAGUAAUAUAAAAACAGUAUAUUAUAUAUGGAAUCAAUUUUUUGAUAAUUUAAGAAUGAAAUAUGAAAAUGGAGAAUAUAUAUUUAAUGAUUAUUUAUAUUUAUCAUAUGGUCCUCUUAAUAUAUAUUCAUAUUCCUGUUCUUUGCUUUCACAAUAUAUUAAAGCCUUAAAUAUAUCAACACAACAGUUUAAAAUUAAUGAAAUGAAGAAUCAAGUAAAAAAUAAAAAUUCACAAAGUUGUUCCUAUCUUGAAAGUGAUGAUAAUAGUUCUUUGAUAAAUGAAAAUUCGAACGUGGAUAGUUAUUCAAAUAUAAAUGACAAUGAAACGAAUACAAGCAUAUCUCAUAACAAUAAUAGUAAUAAUAAUAUUAAUAGUAAUAAUAAUAGUAAUAAUUACAGUAAUAUUAAUAAUAAUAGUAAUAAUAAUAGUAAUAAUAAUAUUAAUAUUAAUAAUAAUAGUAAUAAUAAUAUUAAUAAUAAUAGUAAUAAUAAUAAUAAUAUUAAUAAGAGCUGCAGUUCUUCUACUGUUGCAAGAAAAAAUAUAUCUGAUGAGAAUAUUUUUUAUUCUUGUGAAUUGAAUGAUGCUGCAUGGAAGAAAAAUAUAAAUAAAAAUGACAGUUUAUCGAAUCAUGAAAUGGAAUAUAUGAAGGGAAGUACAGAUUCGUUAGUAAAAAACGAGGUCUGUCUAAAUUCGGAGCAUGAUAAUGACAGUAACCAUAACAACACCAACAAUAAUAUUAAUAAUAAUAAUAAUAAUAAUAGCAAUUUUGUGUAUUACAAUAAUAAUGUGCAUUUUAAUAAUAGUAAUAACACAUGUGUUGCUGUUUAUAAUGAUUCUAGUCAUAAUAUUAACACAAUCGAUCAUAUAAAAAAUUGUAAAGAUAAUAAUAAUGUAAGUAACACUUUGCCCUUAACUAUCAGAAAUUGUAAGAAAAAAAAAUUACUUAUAUCAAAUUUUUUUCCUUAUCCAUUAAAUAAUAUGGAAUUAUUCAUAAGCAAAAAUAACGUAGGCACAAGAAAUGUAAAUGAUCAAGAUGAUAUGAUUACUUUAAUUUAUGAAAUGCUUCAAAUGAAAAAUAAAGAUACUUAUCAUUUUAAUGAUUUUUUGAAAUGGUAUAAAAUAAAUAUAGGCAAAUUAUACACCUCAGAACAAGUACUUAAAUAUUGUUAUAAUUGUAUAAAAUAUAGCCAUUUUAUUAAUAUUGAUAUAUAUUAUAUAAAAGAAAAAUAUAAAGAAAUAAAAAGAAAAUAUUAUUCUUAUGAUGAUUAUUUAAAAAAUAUGUUUAAUUAUGUAAAAGAUAAUUUUGAUCAAAUAAAAAAAAGGAAAUGUCCAUUUAAUACUUUUUUUGUUGGAGAAUUAAAUCUGGAUAAUUUGUUAAAUAUGAGUAUUCUAGAUAUUUUAGAAAAUUCAUUUAAAGUAUUUUUUAUUUCAUAUCUUGAUUCUAUAUUGAAUUCUAAGUUAAUAUAUGUAAGAAAAAUACAAGAUGUAUUAGCUAAAAUGUUUCAUAUAAUAAAAAAGUUCCAUAGAAAAAAGAAAAAAAAAGAUAAUAAAUUUUUGAAAUCUUUAAUGGCAGCUAAUAAUAAAUGUACCAAUUCACAAUUAGGAAACUCAAAAAUUAAUGAUAAUAUUAUCAAUAAUGAUUUGUUUAUGAAUUUUAGGGAGGGCAAUAAUAAUAUAUAUAUAUGUCCUAUGAAGGAUUAUUUUAAGAAUAAAUAUAAGAGUAAUGAUGAUAGUAAUAUUAAUGAUGAUGGUAAUAAUAAUGAUAAUAAUAAUAAUGAUGAUAGUAAUAAUAAUGAUAAUUGUAAUAAUAAAGAUGAUAGUAAUAAUAAUGAUGAUAGUAAUAAUAAUGAUGAUAGUAAUAAUAAUAAUAAUAAUAUAAUUUAUAAUAAUACACAGGAUAGACAUCCAUUUAAUAAAGGAGAAGAAAAUUGCCCAGAACAUAAAUGCACAAGCGAAUUAAACAAAAAAGAAUAUUUUCAUAGUUGGAAAAAAAGUAUACACACAUUGAAAAACAAUUCAGAAAAAAAUAGCAGUGAUGAUAAUAACAUAGAUAUAAAUUCAAAUGAACGACGUUCAAAAUAUAGUCAUAGUUUUAAUAUUAAUAAAGAAGAAAAUUAUUUUAAAAAAUUUUGUGUUAAUCCAGAAAGAAAACAAAAAAAAAUUCCAUAUACUGAUAUGAACUUUUCAACAGCUAUUAAGAAAAUAUACAAAAGAAGAUAUCAAAUGAUUUUUAAUAAAAAAUUAUUUUACUUAUUUCAAAAAUGUGAAGAGUUAUUUAAUAAAGGAAUAUGGUUAUUUAAGAUAUUUAAUAAUACUUUAAAUGAAAAGAAAAUAUUUAAAAUUAUUAAUAUGAUCCUUGAAUCAGAAGAAAAAGAAAUACUUAUAAAACCAAAAUAUGAAAAAUAUUUUUACAACUUUAUUAAAAAUGUAAGUCUAAAUGAUAAUAAAAAUAUAUAUGAUAAAAAAUUGAAUAAUGCUUCGAAAUUUCAAAGAUUAAAUAAAACUAUAUCAGCAAGAAAUUUUCAUAGAACUAUGAAAAGUAAACAUAAUAAAGAUAUUAUAAAUAAUGAUGCAUAUCAUCCAAAUUUUGCAACUUCUUUAAAAAGUAAAAAAAAUGAAACCAUGUUAUUAUCUUCUCAAUCAAAUCAAGAAAAUAAUAUGCUUAAUAAGGAUAAGUUAUCACUUCUAUUACAUUCAAAUAAUAAAAAGCAAAAUAUUCAAGAAUGUAUUAUAGAUUAUGUCGAUUAUAAUUUUCAUAGUCAAAUGUAUAACAGUCCAACAAGAAUGUAUUGUAGUGUUAACCAAAUGGACACAACCGUUUCUUUUAUUAAAACACCCUCUUUUUUGUAA